AUGGCGGUAGUAAUACGCAAAGUGUGGCAGAGCAAUCUUGAAGCGGAAUUUGGUUUGAUCAAACAUUGCUCCAAGAAUUUAAGGUUGGCAUCCAUGGAUACUGAAUUUCCGGGCACCGUGUUCAGCCUGGACAUCCCGAAGCACCGCUUCUCUACCCUCUCCCCCGCCCAACAGUACGCCUUGAUGAAGAAAAAUGUGGACGCGCUCAACAUCAUCCAACUCGGCCUCACCCUCUCCGACGCCUCCUCCCGUUGCUGCGUCUGGGAGUUCAACUUCCGCGACUUCGACUCCGACUACGACGACUACAACCCCUACUCCGUCGCCUUCCUCCGCUCCAAGGGCAUCAACUUCGACCUCAACAAGCGCAGGGGCAUCAACUCCCGCUCCUUCGCGGCCCACUUCCUGGAAUCCGGGCUCGGCUCGGGUCGGGCCUGGGUGACGUUCCACGGCCUCUACGACUUCGGCUUCCUCAUCAAGAUCCUGACGCGGGCCGCGCUGCCCGACCAUCUCCACGACUUCAUGAUGCUGCUGCGCCGCUAUUUGGGGGUGCAGGUGUAUGAUGUGAAGCCCAUUGCGCGCUCCAUGGCGCUGCACGGCGGCCUCGACGCCAUCGCCAAGACUUUGUUUGUGGAGCGGGCCGUCGGCAAGAGCCACCAGGCCGGCUCCGAUAGCCUCCUCACCAUGCAGCUCUUCUUGCGCUUCCUCAUCACCCGUGGCUGCUGCUAUGCUCCUGCCAUCUUGGCCCUUUUCAAUUAUCGUUUGUACGGAUUGACUUGUUGAUUUAAUUUCUUCUUUUUUCACUCAUUAAAUUUAUUAAUACAAGAAUUUAUUUUUUUUUGUUUUCUUCAUC